AUGGCGAUGGACAGGGCCGCCACACUAACCUCCUUGGACUCUGAGCUCGCCAUUCUAGAGCAAGGUCUCACUACGGCAAGGAGACGCCGUAAUCUAAAGACGGCCGUUCAGCAACUUCCUGCCGAGGUAUUGACCAUGAUAUUCGCCGAGGCUCAGGUCGCAUGGCUCCCACGUCGACAGUACGUUAGCGUGUCAGACGCGGCCCCCAAAGUACAAUAUGACUUCGGAUGGAUGUAUCUCUUGCACGUCUGCAGCUUGUGGACCGAGGUCAUCCGGAACACGCCAUCUCUUUGGUGCGAGGUGCACUGCGUUGGUUUACACCCUCGCUUUAUGCUACGCGUUUUGUCACUAUCAAACGGGCUCGAUCUAUCCCUUACCAUCGACGCCAGGCCUCCUAUCACCGAAAACAACGUUAUUCAACUCAUCGAUACCUGGCUCUGUGGACCGGUACUUCAUCGCACCAGACGGUUGAAUCUUUUGCACUUCAGCCAGGAGUUACUGGACACAUGUCUCCCAUACUUGGACUUCCCUCUGCCUGCUCUGACCGACUUCACCCUUGAUUCCUUGGAUGAGGCCGAAACCGAAUGGCCAGAUUUCUUACCCACUGAACUGUUCGCUGGACGCUGUCCCCGCCUAUCCUCAAUUCACGUCAUGAAUAGGAUUCUCCCUUGGAACUCCCCUCUACUUUCUCACAGGAUGAGGCACCUCAAGGUCGGCUUCGGCGAUGUGUCUGAACUGCAGAACGCCAUGCCGACGAUGUUCCAGUUCUUGGAUCUUUUAGAAUCCAUGCCAGUCUUGGAGUCAUUAUCCCUGGCAAGGAUUGUACCGAUAUCCAUGCUAUCUAUGGACGAUGCUCGACAGGUUAUACUUCCUGGGACGUUCAAGCGACUAGUCGUAUCCAUUCACGUCUAUGUUCCGCACUCCCUCGACCUUUUCAGGCAUCUCGGCAUCGCAGCCGAUGUAACAGUGGCAGUAGAAGUCCCCGAUGCGGAUCUUCUCACGAGAGAUGACUCAAUCAGCCUCUCCGCAGAUAUAGAGCAUAUAUUCCUCCCGCCUGGCAAUCUUGAUAGUGGUGCCUAUCACGAAUUGAACUUGAAUGGCACGCUUCUGAGUCUGUGUUAUCAUCCAAGAGACAUCCGCUCUAUGUGGACUAGGGGACUUCAUCCUCCUUACCCUUCAACCACGUUUCAAACGCAUACCUUCUCUCGCGGAAGACACGUCUAUCUCGAGCACGACGAGUCCGACGAUGGCGCAAUCAUGCUGGUGCAUUUAUCACACCUUCCCCUGCAAGCUGUGCGGUGCUGCACCUUCAACGCCAGAUUCAUGCGCCUUCAACUGCACGCCGUAGAAUGGCACGUCCAUUUCAGCGUAGCAUCCGAAACGCGGCGGAUCUCGCUGGCGUACAGCGAUGGCCGACGAUUGUUCGAGGCUUUGGCGGAUGCGCGGGAAGGACACGGAGGGGAGCAUCCUGGUGGACUUAUCCUAUUCCCCAAGCUCGAAGUGAUCGUCCUGCACGCAAGCCUUCCGAUGGGCGAGACGGAGGCAGCUGUCAUAGAAGGAGCGGAUCUCGCUCCGCUGGACAUUGUGCUCUUCGAGCUGGUCCGAGUACGAAGGAGUUGGCAGAUGCAGUUGAAGGAGAUAUUGGUCUCGCAGGCUUUAGCCUCGCGUACGGAUUUAUGGCAGCGAUUGGAAUCUAUGGUCACGGUGAACUUCUUCUGA